AUGGCUUUCAACAGAGAAUCACUGCCCACCGUCAAUUUUGUAGACUUUGGAGAUGGUACUUCGAAGAGUGCUCUUGAUAUUGGAAAAAAGCUCUUUGAAGCUUGUAGGGACGUAGGUUUUGCCUAUGUUAUAAACACUGGAAUCCCUCAAGGUCAAAUUGAUGGAAUGUUUGACUGGUCGGCAAAACUGUUCGCGUUGCCGAUAGACACCAAACUCAAGGCGCCACAUCCACCGGAAGGAUGGAAGCAUCGUGGAUACAGCGGUAUUGGCCGUGAACAAGUUUCGCAACUAAUCUUCGACCCUGAUGAACUUCGAGCCAUUCGUGCCGGGAAAUUUCCAGAUUUCAAGGAAUCGUUCGACUUGGGCAGUGAGGAUUCUCAAACUCUCCCAAAUAAUUGGAUUCCGGACGAAGACCUUCCAGGUUUUCAAAUUCAUGCGACAAAUUUUUACAACACUUGCCGCGAAUUCCAACUCUCCAUCCUCCUUCCUGCUCUCGCACUUGGCCUCGACCUUCCGAAAGACUUUUUCCUCGGCUAUCACGAAGCAAACGAGAACCAACUCAGGCUAUUGCACUAUCCCGGUGCUCCUACCAGCGUAUUCGAGAGUGGCGAGAAAGGAAGGAUCGGAGCACACACGGAUUUCGGAACCGGAACAUUGUUAUUCCAGGAUGAUUGCGGUGGUUUGGAAGUCGAAACUCCAUCGCAGCCUGGGGUCUUCAUGCGUGUUCCGCCGGUACCUGGGACUGUGUUGUUUAAUAUCGGAGAUUUUCUGAUGCGGUGGUCGAAUGACACCCUGAAAUCGACCCUCCAUCGUGUUCGUGCGCCGCCGAGGAGGGAUGGACAAGGUGAUGAUGGUACAACGAAGGAAAGAUUUUCGAUGGCUUAUUUCAUGGGCGCUGACAAGGAGAAGACCAUCGAAUGUCUUCCGGGAUGCUCUGGUCCUGACAAACCGAGAAAAUAUGAGCCUAUCAAGGCUGGCGAAUACAUAAAUAUGCGAUUGAAUGCGACAUAUUAA